AUGUUUAAUGCCCUCAACCGCUUCAUAUCCCGGCUCGACGGCGAUGCGGCCACGUCCAAGGAGAACCAGCCUGGCGGAUUUGGCUUCCAAGUGCUGCGAAACACCAACCCAGACCUGGCCAUUGAGCCAUGGUUUGACUUUGUCGUUGGAAUCAAUGGGCGCAUGAUUGACGACUCUGACCCGAGGCUCUUUGCCCAAGAGGUUCGAAACUGUGCUGGCGGGGUUGUACAGCUGGGACUUUGGAGCGCAAAGGGCCAAAGAACUCGAGCACUCCACAUCCCCGUUCCCGCCGACACUGCCUCCCUCGGCCUUACCCUCCAAUGGACUGCCCUCUCCGUCGUUACCAACAUCUGGCACGUCCUUGACGUCCCCGCCAACUCUCCCGCCGACGUCGCCGGUCUUCUCCCGUAUAGCGAUUACAUCCUGGGUACCCCCGAGGGUGUCCUUCACGGCGAGAGCGGGCUCAGCGAGCUAGUGGAGGACCAUAUUGACCGGCCCCUGCGUCUUUACAUCUACAACAACGAGUACAAUGUCACCCGCGAGGUGACCAUCCAGCCCAGCCGGGACUGGGGUGGUGAGGGUGCCCUCGGCUGCGUCUUGGGCUACGGCGCUCUGCAUCGGCUGCCAGCGCCCCUGAGCGAGCCUGUGCACGCCCCCGGCGAGACCAUGUUUGACGGCGACUCGGAGCAGCACGGACACGUCGGACAGCAGCAACAGUAUCAACAACAACCCCAGUACGGAUACAACCCGAGCGCACCACCAGCAGCUAGCCAAUACGCCCCCGCCACUGCGACUUUCUCUCCGCCACCACCCGUCGGCGGUGGUGAGUUCCUCAUACCAGCGCAAAUGGUCGGCACACCACCACCCCCAGCAACACAGUUUGGCGGCGCGGUCGCUUCUGCUCCGCCUAGGGGGAAGAAGAAGGAGAGACCGGCGAAUAGGGGAGGGUUGGGCUCGAUGGAUGAUUACUUCAAGGAGCAGGAGAAGAAGAGUAGGGAAUUGGAUAAUGCUCCUAGCAGGAAGAACACACCAGUACCGCCGCCGCCAAUGGGAGGUCCUCCCAAGGGUGGACCGCCCAAGACAGUGUCGUCACCGCCGCCUGGCAGUGCGCAAGGCGAAGAUACGGCUGACCGAGGCGAGAGCUAG